AUGUUCAAUAAUUCAACAUCCUUUUUUGCAAACUCAAAUGAAAAAAACAACCAGUUGAAAGAGAAAAUCUAUAGCGCUCUCUAUUAAUCUCCUAACACAUCUUAUGAUGUUAUGAAGUGGAUUCCAAGCAAUGAUAUUUCAAAUCUCUCGGUGUCAAUUGAGUAGGACAUUGAUAAAAUUCUACAAGUAAUCCCACCCUGUCAAUUUCAACCAAAUAAACAGAUCUCCUUUCAAAAUUGUUAUACUCAACAAUCUGCUCAUUGUCAACCUAUGACAAUUUUAAGUUCAUCCUAAAAAAAUAAUUCUGAAAAUAUAUACGAACCUGAAAUAAAACCAAUUUAAUAACCUUAAAUUGAAAGCAAUUCAAAACACAAUAGAAUAGAGCAACAAUAAAUUCUUUCAAAGUAGAAUUAAUACAUUUAGGAUUUGAUUACUAGAUACAAAGAACCUCCUAAGAACGCUUUUUAGGAAGAUUAAAACCAUCCUACAGGUAAUAUUGAAGAGGAGUAGGAUAUCAAUACAAAAUAAUCAGUCACAAAUAGAGAUUCUAAAUAAAAAGGUUGUUUAAUUAUUUAAGAAAAAUGUAAAAACAAUGAACUCUCAAAACUAACUGAAUAAUAAACUUGUUUAAAUUAAAGCAUUGGUAAUUCUGUUAUUUUAGAUGCAUUAAUUAAUGAAGAAAAUAUCAAAUAAGUUUAAUCUAUUGUAGAAAUUGAAAGUUAAGCUUUUAAUACAAAUUAAAAUUGGGCAAAAAUGAAGUUAAGAAAAGAGGCUAAAUAAUAUGAAAUUUACAAAACCCAAAACUUUUUAGAUCUCUUAUAUUCUUUGCCCUCUUUCUUUAUUCAUUAGAUAGAAGGUGAAUUAAAAGUUGAUAAAUUGAGGGCCUAAGAAAAUUAAGAGGGAUAUUAUUAUCAAUCAUUUGAACUUACUGUCAAUCCAUUCAAGAUGAUUGGGCCAAUUAAUUUUAAAAAAAAUCUUAAAAUUCAUAUAAGGUUCAAGAAGGGAUAUUAUGGUGUAGUUUAUUAUGAUAAACAAUUAUAAAAUGUGAUUCCUUAAAAUUAAGUUGAUGGGAUAACUUUGAAAAAUGAACCAUUUUUAUUAGCAAACAAUUCUGAUAAACCUAUAAAAGUCAUUUGUUGCAUUGUUGGAAUCAAAAAAUGA